AUGAGCAGAGAGAAGUUUAAUAAAUUAAGACACAACCAUUGUUGUUUUCUCUCUGUAUCCAUCUUUGUUGUUGCAUUUGCUUUGUCAUCGAGCCCUGCUUAUUGUCAACAGUUCGAUGGCUAUGAUAACAAUCCGGCCUCACAAGAGCUGUUUUCAGAGCUGGUCUACAACAGUUUCUCAAAUUUUACCUCUGUGUUCAAGCAAGAUAUUGCCAAAUAUUUUGGUUUCUGCAUAACUGACGUGGAUGAAGAUUGGAAUAUGGCCUUCAAUUUCUCCAAAAAAACACAAUUCCUAUCCAACUGCGCCAAGAAAACAAACGGAGAUAUGACAGCACGUAUAUGUACAGCAGCAGAAAUAAAGUUCUACUUCAACAGUUUCUUUGAAAAAGGCUCAAAGAAAACCAAUUAUUUGAAACCUAACAAGAACUGUAAUUUGAGCUCAUGGGCUUCUGGAUGCGAGCCAGGAUGGGCUUGCGGAGUUGCUAAAGGUCAAAAGGUUGACCUCAGAAAUUCAAAGGACAUGCCUUUUAGAACUACGAAUUGUGCAGCUUGUUGCGAGGGUUUCUUCUGCCCUCAUGGUAUUACUUGCAUGAUACCUUGCCCGUUGGGUGCUUACUGUCCACUUGCGAAACUAAACAAAACCACUGGCAUAUGCGACCCAUAUCAUUAUCAAUUGCCUCCUGGAAAGCCAAACCAUACAUGUGGAGGAGCAGAUGUUUGGGCCGAUAUUUUGAGUAGUAGCGAGAUGUUCUGUUCAGCAGGAUCGUACUGUCCAUCCAAUAUCGAAAAAAUUCCUUGCAGUCGUGGACAUUACUGCAGGACUGGUUCAACGUCUCAAACAGGGUGUUUUAAGUUGGCAACUUGUGAACCACGCUCAGCAAAUCAGAACAUCACUGCAUAUGGCAUUUUAUUUUUCGCUGCACUAAGCUUUCUGCUUAUCAUUAUCUACAACUGUUCGGAUCAAGUUCUUGCAACUCGAGAGAGAAGACAAGCAAAGACAAGGGAAAAGGCAGUUCAAAGUGUAAGAGAAACUGCACAAGCACGUGAAAAAUGGAAAUCUGCUAGAGACAUUGCCAAGAAGGGUGCAAUUGGACUGCAAACGCAGUUGUCACGCACGUUUUCUCGUACGAAGUCUAAAAGGCCAGCAGAACAGCUAAAAGGUUUUGGUCAAGCUAAACCCGGAACAGAUGCUGCUUUACCACCCAUGCCUGGGGGCAGUUCAUCUCAGCAAUCGUCUGAAAAAGGGAAGAAAAAGGAGAAGAGCAACCUCUCACGGAUGAUUGAUGACAUUGAGAACAAUCCCGAGGGUCAUGAAGGCUUCGAUUUUGAGAUUGGAGAUAAAAAUAUCAGAAAGAAUGCACCAAGGGGUAAGCAGUUGCAUACUCAGAGUCAAAUGUUCAGAUAUGCAUAUGGACAGAUCGAGAGGGAGAAAGCUAUGCAGGAGCAGAACAAGAAUUUGACCUUCUCUGGGGUAAUUUCAAUGGCUAACGAGAUUGAAAUCAGUAAAAGGCCUACUUUGGAGGUUGCUUUUAAAGAUUUAACCCUCACUUUGAAGAGUAAACGCAAACAUCUGCUAAGAUGUGUGACUGGGAAAUUAUCGCCUGGCCGAGUUUCUGCUGUAAUGGGUCCAUCUGGGGCUGGAAAAACAACAUUUCUUUCUGCUUUGACAGGAAAAGCAACUGGUUGCACCAUGUCUGGUAUGGUUCUUGUAAAUGGUAAAAUGGAUCCAAUCCAAGCAUACAAGAAAAUCAUCGGUUUUGUUCCUCAAGAUGAUAUUGUGCAUGGGAACUUAACAGUGGAGGAGAAUCUCUGGUUCAGUGCAAGAUGCAGACUCUCUGUUGAUCUACCAAAACCAGAAAAGGUUCUAGUUGUUGAAAGAGUUAUUGAGUCCUUGGGCCUGCAGGCAGUGCGAGAUUCUCUGGUUGGAACAGUGGAAAAGCGAGGAAUUUCUGGAGGUCAAAGAAAACGUGUCAAUGUUGGUCUUGAAAUGGUUAUGGAACCUUCACUUCUGAUAUUAGAUGAACCAACAUCUGGCUUGGACAGUUCGUCCUCCCAGUUGCUACUUAGAGCUCUUCGACGUGAAGCUCUUGAAGGAGUAAACAUAUGCAUGGUUGUACACCAACCUAGCUAUACGUUAUUCAGGAUGUUUGAUGAUUUGAUACUUCUAGCUAAAGGUGGCUUGAUAGCAUAUCACGGAUCCGUAAAGAAAGUCGAGGAGUAUUUCGCUGGUCUUGGGAUUACUGUACCUGAGCGUGUGAAUCCUCCAGAUUACUUCAUUGACGUUUUGGAGGGCAUAGCAAAACCAAAAUCAGGGGUGAACUAUAAGCAACUUCCAGUUAGAUGGAUGCUUCAUAAUGGAUACCCAGUUCCGAUGGAUAUGCUACAGAAUACGGAUGGACUGGGAGCAUCCUCCGCUGAAAAUUCCGCCCAUGGAGCAAGUGAAUUUGGAUCUGAAACAGAGUCUUUUGCUGGAGAUUUUUGGCAGGAUUUGAAAGCUAAUGUUGACUCGGGGAAAGACCACAAUUUGUCUAAGUCAGGCGACUUAUCCGGACGGAGAAGCCCUGGAAUAUAUCAGCAGUAUAGAUACUUCCUUGGGAGGACUGGAAAGCAGCGGCUACGAGAAGCAAGGGCACAAGCUGUGGAUUGUUUGAUUUUAUUGCUAGCUGGAAUCUGCUUAGGAACACUAGCUAAAGUGAGCGACGAAACUUUUGGGGUUCUUGGUUACACAUACACCGUCAUUGCAGUUUCACUCCUGUGUAAGAUUGCGGCUUUGAGAUCAUUUUCUCAGGAUAAGCUACAUUACUGGAGAGAGAGAUCUUCUGGUAUGAGCAGCCUAGCAUACUUUCUUGCAAAGGAUACUAUAGACCAUUUCAGCACGAUCAUCAAGCCACUCAUCUAUCUGUCAAUGUUCUACUUCUUCAACAAUCCAAGAUCAACAGUCUUCGAUAACUACAUAGUCUUAAUCUGUCUGGUGUAUUGUGUGACGGGAAUAGCUUACGCGUUGGCCAUUUUCUUUGAACCUGGUCCCGCCCAACUGUGGUCGGUGUUGCUUCCGGUUGUUCUGACCCUGAUAGCAACCAAUACAGAGAACGGAAUUGUCGUGGAUUAUAUAUCUGACUUGUGCUAUACUAAGUGGGCAUUGGAAGCAUUUGUGAUAUCAAAUGCUAAAAGAUAUUAUGGAGUUUGGCUGAUAACAAGGUGUGGUUCACUCAUGGAAAGUGGGUAUGAUCUAGGUCAUUGGUAUCGUUGUUUAAUCUUACUAGUUUUCACCGGUAUAGCUAGUCGUGUUGCUGCCUUCUUUAUUAUGAUUACCUUCCACAAGAAGUGA